AUGGAAGGACUAUAUUCAAACGAAGCCACUAUUACACCGCGAUCCAGAUACACUCAUGAGGACGAAUCUUUGGCGGCUGAAAAGCCCUCUGCAAAAUCUGAUGAACGAGAGGCUUCUUCUUCCCCAGUUCAGGAUGUUUCAACAGCCGCUAGCAUUGACCAAGGUCCCAUGGACACUUUUGCUGGGUUUUCGGACGACGAGCGCCUUGUCAAUCCCAGCAAAUGGAACACCAAAUUAGCAAUGAUGGAGCGGUCAAUCAUUGCUUCUUCAUCCUUCCGCGACGUCAAGGAUGUCAAGGUAUUGGAGCUUCCCCGUUGCCGGGAGCUGAUGAGUAAUAUGUCCCAAAGCGUUAUGAAAAUGCGCGAGAUCGGAUACUGCAGCCAAGGCAUUAGCGCCGUAGUAGCCCGAAAGGAUCGAGGAUCAGUGGCGGAACUGGUGUGGAUCUCGAUCAGUGAACUGGAGGAACUUCGAGAACUCACAGACUUGUCAAUAUGCCUUGUCUUCCUUCGGAACGUACGAUUUUAUCAAAUAGCAGAGCAAGUACGGAAGCUAAGCUCUGAAAGUAAGACCACAGCGCUCCAGUUAGCAGCAACGGUUAUUGUCAAGUUCCUUGACAUAGCCAUCAUCUCUUACUCUGGAGCUCAUUUCGAGGAUUUAAGGACGAAGAAUCUCCAUCUCAGCCUUGAAGAUGCUUCGGAGAUUGGCAUUGCUGAAUCUCUAAUCUUGCGGCCGCGCCAUUUACAGUGCCUAGAUGCCUACUUUCACCACGAACAAGUCUGGGUAUUUGAAGAAGUCGAUCUAGGCCUGCAGCGAUCUAAUACGCCAUUGUACCUCCUUACUACCAUGGAAAUCUUCAGCGACAUAUGGGGACCAGUCUGGGCGGUUCAUGAGGGAGGACGUAUAAACCGGUUUAACGUUGGAACUGGAUCCAUUUUCCCUUGGGCUAGGGAACCAACCGAUCCUAGACUUUUGGAUGGCGAGAUAUUCGCCCAUUGGAGUAAUUAUGAGACCGAUUUGGUCCAGAAAAGGUCAUCAGUCGAGAACACACCAUCUUUCCCUCUGCAUUCGGAAAAGGCAAAGCUGCUAAUCGGCGCGAAUACGAUAUUCUACGUCAACCUAAGUUGUCCUCUAGAGCCUGAUGCAUACGCCACUUCUCUGAGGGAACAAAGGUGCCUCGGCAUUUUGGGAACUGAGAGACCAAAAAUGUGCUUUGAUUCUAGCAAUGCAACAGCGGUAAUCACUCCCCCUGGAGUGCAAAUUGGUGGCCAGCUCCAAUGGAAGCUGAGAAAGGGGUCGACUCUCAAAGAGGUCAUACUUACCGCGUGGAGUCGAGAGCCAUAUCGUAGAGACCCCAAGGUUUUGUCAGGAUGGUAUGGAGUAGAAGUAAGCCUCUGCACGAGAAAUGCGAGAAGGCGACGACUUGGUCGCAUCCUAGGCUCCUGGACAAUGCGUAAUUACCUCGAGGGCAUGCUUCUGGACUGGCCGUCUGAGCAAUGCAAGGAGAGCUACUUCAAUGCUCUCAACUCAGAAGAUGCAUCUGGAGUUACUGAAUUCAGACACCUAUAUCUUACGAGACCGGAAUGGCGCCAACCACUAGCAUUCGCGGUUGUUCGUAGCCUCGAAGCAUUGAACGAAACAGGAGCUCAAACAAAUCACGACUUUACAGCGUUGUUCAGUCCUAACAGCCGCGAAACCUGGACCGCAACAUUCUCGAAGGGGGACCAAGCAUGGGCAGGGUUGCUGAAAGACACAGUGGAGUCUUGCGCGGUAGGAGUUAUCACUCCUGAUUGCCUCGAGUUUAAACACGAGCGAUGGCAAUCUUUGUGUCGAUCUACUCACAACCCAGGGAUGUCGAAACGCCCAAAGAGUUUAGGUGUCUUAGAGACGGCAAUGUCAAUUAAUGAGAGUGCUCAGGUUCCGCAGACCCUCCGGAAGGAUGAUGAAAACAGCCCUAACCCGCGUUGGAACAUUCAACAUCUCCCAGCAUCAACGACUUUUGAUCUUGGAGAGUCGGGUCGACUAGCGUUCUUGUCUUUAUGUGGUGAUGGAACCCGUGCAAUCAUGGCUUGGAGAACCCCAAAGGUUUUUAGAAGGCUUCAGGAGGGGGUGGUGAGGGGACAGGGUGGAUGGUUGCAUCACUGGGAGCGGGUGCUGGAUAUGUUAGCACCCAUAGAUCCUAUUAACAUCUACGUAGCUUCUGCAGAGCCUUUCUAA